GAGGGAGGCGGAGCUUCUGCUCAAACCGCUGGCGCCAAGGUUGGCCCGGCCGCCAUGGAGGCCGUGCUGGAGCAGGUGGAGCAGCUGCCCGCGCUCCUGGCCGUGUCCCGCUCCUCGCUGGUGCGGGAUUGGGACUCCCUGACCCUGGACAGGGCUCUAGAGUGGGCCCGCUAUUUCCAGCACCUCCACGAUCGCUUCCGCACCCGGCCUCGCCUCCGGGAAGCGCUGGGGCGGCGGCUGCGGCGGGGUCAGCGGAGCCCUCUGCUCGGCUUCCCCCACCUGGGCCGCUGCCCGCAGCUGCUGGGCCUGGCGCUGCUGGAGAACCGCGCUUUGCCGCCCGCCGCCUGCCGCCGCCUCAUCCACAGCCUGCUGCGCCCUGGCGGUACGGAGCCCGGCUCCGAGCCCCGCAGCCUGGCGCUCCUCGCCCGCCGGAAGGCCGCCUCCCGCCUGCUGGCGCUGCCGCGGCCCCCGGAGGGGCUGGAGCCGCAGGUGCAGGCGGAGGCGCAGCUGCUGCUGAGCCGGCUGCGGGAGGAGGGGCAGGAGGCCCAACCGCCCGGAGAAGCCGCGGGGAGGCUGCGGUGGUUGUCGGGUGUCCUGGAGCAGCUCCCCGAGCCCCGGGCAUUCGGGGUGGUAGCGGCGGCGCUGCUGCUAAGGCAGGAGAGCGGCGCUGAGCAGGCCGGAGGCGGGGAUCGGGUUGGGAACAGCCUAAAUGGAAACCAAGUGAGUGCAACAGAAGACGACGUUGCCGGGCCCCUGCUUGCCUGGCUGCUGGAGAACAUGGGGCGAUUUUCUGCCUUCUGCCUUUUCCUCCCAGGCUCUCUUCUUGCCUCCCUUGCUGGUCACUAUUCCCAGUUAAACAGACCUUACUUGGACCUCUUAACUGGCUGGGGAAGCGACUUGCUCUAUGACCCCUUGCAGGGACGGUGGAUUAAAAGUUGUCUUGACAAAGCUGUGUUGUCCUGGGAGGAGCUGAGGGAGCGCUUCAGCUGCCUCUGUCAGGGGUCUGAUCUAGUCAAAGCACAGACCCAAGCUGCUCUGAAACUCCUGAAGGCCCAGGAUGGAGACUUUAAGGUCCGUGGCCUAAGUGUGUGGACUGACUUACUGAUGGAAUUAGAGGAAUAUCUGAGGAAAGAAGCAGAGCGCUGAUGUGUGAAUGCAAAAGCAACAUGAAAUCUCCUGAAAUCCAGUAGAUCUGCUAAACUAUUUCAUGUGAAAAGCAAGAAAACUUGUACCUUGCUUUGGGUUAAAAACCAAGUGCUGGUGUGACUGCUGACCACGCUGUUCCUGGCUGCAUAUGAAACCUUUCAGGGGGCCUGGUGCUUUCUUGUCGUUGCACUGUUAAUUCCCAUCACUGCAGAAUAAGCUUUCCUUUUCAAUAUUUGCUGCUUACCUAAUAAAAUGAAGGAAAUGUUUUCUGUUUAGAAAAAUAUUACAGUUCAGAUGUGGUCAUGGUAGCUGUGUCUCUUGACUGUUGGAGGUUGACAAAAAGCUCAAAGGGGAAAUGGAGUUACAAACGUGAAAACCCCAAAUUCAGGGUUAGUAGUGGUUGUCUUCAUCCAGCAUGAACUGGAUUGAAGCUAAUUAGAGUAGUAGUCUGUGUUACAACAUGAAAUAUUGUAUACAGCUAUGACAGAUAUUUCUGUACCACAAAACUAGGAGGGAUUUCAUUAUUUUGAAAUGGAAACAAUUAGUACAAGAGGAUGAAUAUUGUUUAUCUGGGAAGAGAAAUAAUGCCUAUUCUAACUUGUAUGGAAAUAAUUAAAGACACACAAACAUUUUAUUCUUCUCCGCCUUCUAAAACAAAAGAGACACUCAAGGGUAGCACACUAAUUAGCUAGAAGGACACACUGCUAAUCUAUGGAAAAUAUGACUGUUUUCUUUGGGCUUUUCUCUACAUCAUGGCAGUGAGGCAAUAAAAUUAUGGAGAUCUGCAGAUGAACAUAUUCUGAAAUCUACAGCUGUGGUAGUCAUCUUGCUCUUUCUUAAAUGGGGUUGUCCCCUUUUCUGUAACUCGUGGUGAGUGUUUAAAAAGAGCACCAUGUUGGUGGACCUCAGGACUGAGUCGGUAUUUCUGUGGUAUCAAAAGGAACACGAACGACGUCUCUGUUUAAAAUUGCUUAGAAGUAUAAAGCAUGAAGCUUGAACUUAUGUUGUCUAGCCACAGUUCCCUGCAUUAUGUAGUUUUGGCAUGUGGUAUGGAAACUUCACUUGAGCUUGCUCUAAUGCUUUUAGCAGGAAUAAGGUCUUUUUGUCUGUUAGAAUACUUUUUGCUAUCAGAGGUUUCUGAUGAAUGUUAUACCCAAAAUAUCAGUCCAAGUCAUUCCCUUCUCCACAGCUGUAUGUUAAGGGUGAAUAUCAAAUGUUGCAGUAGUGCUACAAAUGUUAUAAUAAUAAUAAAAAACCACCCUUAUCAGUG